CCGAAUGGCAACGUCGGGGCCUGUGGCACGCCUUUGCAGAACUCUGACCAUAUUGUCGCGCUCUCCAACAACCAGUACGCUAGAGGAGUGCAUUGCUGGAAGCAUAUUGGUGUGCACUACAACGGUAAAUUCAUAGACGCUGCCAUUGGUGACAUUUGCUCUGGAUGUGGCAAUAACGGGAUUGAUCUUUCGGAGUCGGCAUUCCAGAAGCUUGCCCUUCUUGAUGAUGGGGGCAUCAAGGUAACCUGGAACUAUGAGUAG